AUGCAGAGAAUCGAGCUGAACGCUCCCACGUCCAAGGACAUCUGGAAGGACAUUCUCGAGCAGCUACGCGAGGACAAAGAAGAGGGCGAUGACCACCUUUGGAACAUACGACAUUCCCUCAUGCGCAGCAAACCGAACGCCGUGGUGUUGCCGAGUCCAGGCUGGAAGAAACUCAAGCCUGCUGUCGGCAACGUCUUCGACAUCGAAAAGCCACCCAAAUUGCCAUAUACUUGUCAGUGUAAGGUCUGCUGUGGUCAGUACUUUCCGGCUACCAUCUACGUCACCGACCAGGAGGCGCACCAACUCGUCUUAUCUCUCGUCGUUGACGCUCGCCAAGAUAUGGAGUUCCUUCGCCAGAUCCUCACCGACCAUGCCGACUUCAUCGUUACACGCUGGAAGAAGAAGUCGCGUGAGAAGCGUUCUGUCUUCUUAUCAGAGAAUGUCGACAUUUUCGACAAGAAGUUCGCUGCCAUCCAUCUGCUUCACAUGCGCAGCAGUCCCGAAAAUUGCGACUUCAAUUCCGAAUUGAUGCGGUCAUUGCAAGGUAUCGAUGACCCAAAGUCAAAGGAAUGGCUUUCUCAAGCUCUUCACGGUAGCAGACUCGCCAAGAUGAUCUCGACCUACCAAGACACCUGGCUUCUGCCCUAUCUCGACUCUGACAUGCUCAGCGAAGACCCAUCGCUCUUACUCGCUCUACUGCACCACCGCACUACUCAUGGACCCGAGGACUGGAUCUUGUUCGAUGACAUGAAUGCUGAUCUGGCUGAGCGUUUCGGUAUCGUCACACAAACUUUCAACGCUCAUUGUGUCGUUGUUCAAGGACCUGAUUUUGGCAAAUUGGUCAAAUGGAACGCCGAGCAAGCACAUCGCUACCAGAUCAUCGGUUUCACCAAAGCCUACAACAUUCUCCAGGCUCAGCAGAGGAUGAUGGCCUUCCUGCGCAAGUGUGUUGCAGGUCUCCUUGACGAGGCCAACGAGCCUCCCGUACAGCAUAUCCACCCAAAAUGGGAUCAGCAUGUCAGCAACGGCUUCUCUCGCAUCGAUGCUAACUUCGCAUGGUCUACCGAGUCGGCUAGACCUUUCUGCAGCCCGCCAAAAUUCGAUCCAGUCGAGAUUCAUGAGCUCGCCAAGUCGCGCCACCGUGUUCUCAAAGAUCACAUUGAACUACUUCAGACCGAUCCUGCCUACGUCCAGCAUCAUGCACGAGCAUACAGAAACAGUCUUUUUCUAGUGACAUUCAAGCAUGGCGACAAAUGGCCUCACAUUGUCGACCAGGUCUUUCUCAACCCUUUGAUCAGAGAAUGUUACUGGCGUCAAAUGCUGUACGAAUGUGAUAAGAUGGAGCGUGCCUGGUUGGCAUCUGUCGAAACUCCAUCUGAAGCUACUCGAGCAUUCUACAACGAUGUAAGUUACCUUGACGUAGUUGGUAGAGGUCAUGAAACGUUGCUAACCAUUUCUACCUAUAGNACAAUCCUAUAUGUUCAAGACCUCUGUGUGGAGAUGCUUGCUGUCUUCAUCAAUCUCUCAAGUCUGGUAUAUCAGCGCGGCUUCGAGCGCAAUUUCGAAUUCACUGGCAGCGGUCGUAACCAUCACCUCAACAGAAGAUUCAGCACCAAAGAUUGGUUCCCACAAGACAUUCUGUACUGGAGUAUCAGUUGUAUGGGUCAUGAUGAAUAUCGCCCUUUCACAAUGGACCCCUCUCUGAACUUCAGGAUAAUCGACUACAUUUGUCGUACAGAUCCCAAGGAGGCUUCGCGUAUGGAUCAGAACCUUGUCGACGAGCUUUCCGAUAUGGCUGCUCUCAACACAAUCAGCACAACCAUUCAGUGUCAUCAAUCGUUCAACAGGAAGUACAUGUGCAAGAUGUCUGAUAAGGACACUGAAAGCCGAGGAAACUGGAUCAAGAAGAGUAACAGUGCCAAAGGUCCGGCUAUAGGAGAUGCUACUGCGAAAUAUCUGGAUGACUUUUGCACAAAGCACUCUUGGCCUAAAGGAAUGAAGAACGAGCAAUGGUUGAAGCAAGCAACUGCAUCUCGUGCUUCCUUGAACCGGUUUUGGCAGGCUUUCAGGUUGCAAUGGGCAAAGAAGCUCGGCGAAAAUGGAGUUUGGUCAAGAAGUAUCGAUGAGGACCUCAGCCUGAUGCGUGCUCAUGAGAGUGGGGAGUACCGUGCAGAAGUCGCAGCUGAAAGAGAUGAUGUUCGCUACCAGGAGUACAAGCGCCGCAUGCAUGAACAGAGCCAGUCUGUCACUCUUGCCGAGAUGCAGACUGUAUGGGGUGACGAAAACCACGCACCAUCACCCCUGCAAACCACCAACAAGACAAGGCGUCAAAAGAAGCCAGAGGCAUCAGGAACAUCGUCUCAACCACCACCUACUGUUUUGGGCCCUCCUUCCAAGCCACCCACUCCGCUCAGUCUUAUUCCCGUCAAGCACGACAAUAUGACGAUCUUCUACCACAUGUUCCCAUCUUGUGGUGAAGAAUCGCAGCGUUCUUUCUCUUGGCAGCAUUUCUUGAGCGCCAUGAUCGACGCUGGCUUCUCUAUCCUGCAAAGCCAAGGCAGUGCCAUCACACUCAAGCAGGACGAGGAAAGAUGUGAGGGUGUCAGAACAAUCGUUGUCCACCGCCCGCAUCCGUCACCCCCCAUCAAUCCCAUCAUGCUGCGUAGCAUUGCCAAGCGCAUGACUAAAUGGUUUGGUUGGAGGCGUGAACUCUUUAUCGAGAGGGGUAAAGAGAGGAAGGAAGUGAAUGUUCAUGAAUCAGAGGCUUGA